AUGGCUACUGGUUCCUCAGUUCUUGCAGCUUCAACCGCUACCCUAGCACCCAACCCCAACUCGUCAUCCUCCAAAAGUACUGUUUCUAUCUCAGCUUUCGGAAAUCCUAGCUCCUCUUUGGCUGGUUCUUCACUCUACAACAAUGGCAUUGGUGAUCGCGUUUCAGGAUUUUCUAGUUGUGAAAAUGAUGAUGAGGCAAAGAUGCUCCGAAUCGGACUUGUCACACCUGAGGUAAUCAGCUGGUCACCACGAAUCACUCUCCUGCAUAAUUUCUUAAGUUCGGAGGAAUGUGAUUAUCUUAUAGCAAUUGGCAAGCCUCGGCUCCAGCGUUCUAGGGCACAUGAUCGGAAAACAGGCAAGGGAAUUAUAAAUGAUACUAGGACAAGUUUCGGUGUGUCUUUAAGCAAGGAAGAGAGUAAGAAUCCUAUUGUACAGGCAAUUGAAAAACGAAUUUCAGUAUUUUCUCAAGUUCCAGUAGAAAACGGAGAGCCUAUUCAUGUUUUAAGGUAUGAAAAGAAUCAGUACUUCAGGCUACAUAGCGACUACUUUUUGGACACCAUAAACUUCAAGGAAAGUGGAGGUCAGCGAAUGGCAACAAUGCUCAUGUAUUUGAGCGAUAAUGUGGAAGGAGGAGAAACUUACUUCCCCAUGGCUGGAACAGGAAAAUGUAGCUGUGCUGGAAAAAUGUUAAAGGGGUCGUCUGUAAAACCGAUUGAAGGAGAUGCAGUUCUUUUCUGGAGCGUGGGACUUGAUGGGAAGGUAGAUCCAAAGAGUGUACAUACAGGAUGCGAAGUCUUAUCAGGAGAGAAAUGGUGUGCUACGAGAUUGAUGAGGCAAAAUAAAUACACACUAAUUCCUCUUCAACUGCCAGCUAGCGGAUUUAAAACAUCUUGAGCACAUCUAAUAUAUACACCUUUAUGUAGUAAAUUUGACUAGCAAACCCAAAUUGUUAUU